AUGGUGUGGAUUUGUUAUCGAUGUAACAGAAAUCAGCAUGAACAUUGUACGAAUAGAUGGCAAUGCGAUUGUCAAUGUAAUGUUAAUGGGGAUGCUGAUAUUGCUCAAAAGUCUAUAGCCAUCGUUGGUGGUUUCGGUCUAGCAAUUGGUGGUUUAGCAUUAGCUAUAUGCACUGGCGGCUUGGGUGCAGUUCUCAUUGGUGGAAGUAUGCUAGGCGCCGGUAUCAGUUCUACUUGGAACGGCGCUGAAAAAGCAAUAAAACAAGAAAGAAUAAGUGGCAAAGAGUACGUUGCUGAUGUUGCAUUUGGUGCUGCUACCGGUGUCGUCACUGGUGGUGUGGGAGUGGCGGGUGAGACAGUUGCUGUUAAUGUUGUCAAACAAGGCGCUAAAGAAGUUGCCAAGGCUGGCGCGAAAAAACUUGCUGUAAGAGCUACCACUGGCGUUGUCGUCGGAGUUACUUCAAAAGCUAUUGAUGAAGUUAAACAAUGCUCAACAACAGAUAAAAAGUGGAGAGAUUAUGGAAAAAGUUUCGAUAGAAACGGCAAACCAAAUGGUACUACCACCGCUUGGGUUGGAAGUGCAUUGGGUGGUGGAUUAGGUGGUGUUGGGAGUCAUGUGAGUUCUAGUCUAGCAACAAAAAUGACUUCUCCUGUUGCCGAAAGUAUUACACGUGUUCUUGUAAGCGGAACAAGUGCGGCAGUGGGUGAUGCAACCAUUCAAACUGUCAAUAUAGUCGUUGGUAGCCAGGAACAAUAUGAUUUACAACGAACUGUUACAUGUGCUACAUCCAGUGUCAUUAUGGCAACUGCGCAAGAAGCAACAAAAAAUGCCAUUUAUUGUGCACAAGGUGGUAAAGCUGUUAUGCUAAAUGAUAAGACGAAUAAAAAACUUAUUGAAGAAAACGUUCCUGAAGAACACCGAAACACUGUUUCCAAAGCUUAUGACGAUUUGAAGAAAAUUCCGCAAUCAAAAUUAGUUGUUGAAGCACAUAAAGCUAAUGAGAUUACCGAACGUCAGGUUCAAAAAAGCCAGUAUGAAUCUACCGUAGCCCAAUAUGACCAACAGAUUCAAUCGGAGAUAGAUGCAAAAAAUGCAGCCAAGGAUAUUAAAGAUUACCCAGCUGUUCAAAAACAUACCAAUACAAUGAAAUCCCUGAUAGUGGAGAAAAAAGCGAUAAUAAAAGCUUUUAAGACUGCUCAACCGGUCCAUCAAAGAGCUGACAUUCAAUAUUUGAAUGAUCAAAACGCUCAUUUUCUUGUUGGCGACCAUGUUCAACAAGUUGCUGUUGAUAUUGACUCACGUCCCAAUGAACCAAGAGGAGCAACAAGGGCAUUAUUUGACUACCGUUCUGAUCGCCAGGGAAACGCUGAGUUUAGAUAUGCUGACUAUACCAAUGAACAUGAUUAUAGCGCAAUGUCCCGCUAUAGUGAUGGAGAUCAUCGUUAUAAUCGAAUUCGAACCGACUAUGAUAACACAUUGAAAUCGCACAACGAGGGUCUAAGUAGUGUAUCUCGUAACGGAACAUUAGAAUCAGGGCGCAACAAGAAAAAGGAUAAGAAGAAAUCUGAAUAA